AUGUCAAAAACACUGGAAGAGUUCGCUCAAUUAGAGCCCCUCUGGGACAAAGCAAUCCAAUCCCCAUCGGAAAUCUCGCUAGAGGAAAAACACCGGAUGAUGGAAUGGCCACCCCUAGAGGAGAUGCAAGCCAACGCCAAUAAAUUCCUGGGAAUCUCGCUUGAAGAUUUGCUGCAAAAAGCCGUCACGAAUGCUGAAUCCCUGACAUACCCGGAGUGUCGUCUCGUUCGUGAUCAGUUCCGUAUUAAGAAAAUGAUUGAAAUGGGUGACGAAUGGAAUCGGUCCCAAUGGUCGCGGAAGGAUCCUGAUCUAUUCACCAAAAGAAAAAGAGCCCAGGAGGCUGUUUUGACAGCAGAUGAGCUCCAGGCGGUUCAAGCUGUGGAUGAGAUAUUUUCCCGAAAACAAAGUGAGGAAUUCCAGGCGAGAGAAGCAGAGCGACAGAAAAAGCCACCACAAAACAUGCCGCAAGGGUGGGUCAAAAAGAUCAUCGAUCGAGAAGGCGAUAAGAGCUGGGGUUGUGUUUUCUAUCAUCAGAAGGCAAUGGCUGGAUGGGAUGAGUUUAUGGAAAUUUUUAACGCCGUUCUUGAGAUGCCUCAUUUUUUCCCAGGAUAUGAGGAGAUACACGAUCACAAAUUCGCUCAAUUUCUUCCAUUUGAGACAGAAGAGAGUGAACUCACCCUUUUGCAGCAGGACUUUCGGAAUCGCCGCGAGAGAGAUGACCUAAAGCCCGGUGUUCUCAAAAACGUCCUGUUUUUGGUAACAGAUGAGGCACGACUAUCUUGUGGUACAGCUGGCAUGCGCUCGGAGAUUUUCUGGGGAUAUUUAUGGGCAAUUGAUCCCGACUGGCCCCUGUCGGAGGUUGAUGAAGAUGGUUACGAUGGCCGACUCAAAAUCCACAUAAACUUCAUUUUCUUCCGGUUCUACGAGUUCAUGUCUAUGGAAUUCUCGCUCAAGGAUCUCUGGCUGGAUUUUCAAUAUGUCAAGUCUAACCACUUAUAUCCGGGCGCUGACAUGACCUCUUGGGGCUUUACACAUCUCGAUAAGCCUAAAUGGCCAUUCAAUUGA